CUUCAUCCCUUUCCCUCAUCCUCGAUUCCCACAUAGCAAUACCAUGUCGAGCGAGGGCUUCGGCGGGGGCUCGCUCGUGUCGCAACCCGGCGCGUGGUUCGACAUCCUUCUCUAUCUGGUCCUGGGCUUGUCGACCACCUUCACCAUCUUUCUGCUCACCCUACCACGCCAAUAUGACUCUCAAAAAGACAAGUCACCAGUUUCCGCUAGCGACCAAAAAGCAAGUCAAGAUGCAAACCAGGAGCCCUAUUUUAAGCAGGGUCGCACCACUCAGGUGGUAGUGCUGGGCGAUAUUGGAAGAUCUCCGCGCAUGCAAUAUCAUGCAAUCAGUAUCGCCAAACACGGUGGCAGAGUUUAUCUGAUUGGCUAUCGAGAAUCCGAGAUUCACCCUGAUAUCCUCUCUAAUCCUCUGAUCCACAUCGUGCCACUGCUACCGGCUCCAUCCUUUCUCCGCUCUAGUAGCAGACUUCUGUUCCCAUUGAUAGCCCCCCUCAAAGCAUUAUGGCAAGCUGGGGUGCUUUAUGCUGCUUUAGGGUACCGGACCGAGCCCCCAAGAUACAUGCUGGUGCAGAACCCACCAUCGAUCCCAACCUUGGCGGUUGCAACGGUUGUAGCAUUUUUCAGAAAAACAGAGCUCAUUAUUGAUUGGCACAACUUUGGCUACUCCAUCCUCGCUCUCAAACUGGGUGACAGGCACCCCCUUGUCAAGAUAUCGGCUCUCUACGAAAAUCUAUUUGCCAGGUUAGCAUCACAGCAUUUCACUGUCACUAACGCUAUGGCGAGAGUCCUCGGGGAGAAAUAUGGCAUCACUGCGCACCCGCUUCACGACCGACCCGCUUCCAUGUUUCGACCUAUUGACUAUGUCGAGAGGGCAACGUUUCUUUCGAGGAUGUCAGAAACAGCACAGUAUGCACAAGACAUCUGUGCACAAUAUAAUGCACCAUGGAAGCUCAUAGUGAGUUCAACAUCGUGGACAGCGGAUGAAGACUUUUCCGUUCUCUUGGAUGCCUUGAGCAGGUACUCGGCAGAAGCUACUUCAAAAGUCUAUUUGCCCAAAAUACUAGCCAUCAUCACCGGCAAAGGCCCUUUGAAGGAGCACUACCUCGCCAAAGUGCGGGAGAUGAACCAGGACAAGAAAUUGCUCAAUGUGGUGAUCCAGACAGCGUGGCUCACGCCAGAGGAUUAUGCACGCCUCCUGGCUGCGGCAGACUUGGGUGUUUCAUUGCAUACUUCGUCGUCUGGCGUGGAUCUGCCUAUGAAAGUGGUGGAUAUGUUUGGAGCGGGGCUUCCAGUCGUGGGGUGGGGUGAAUUCGAAGCCUGGCCCGAAUUGGUGACAGAAGACGUGAACGGCAAAGGGUUUGCGAGUUCGGAACAGCUUGCACAGCAGCUGAUUGAGUUGUUUGGGGGCAAAGCGGAGUUGCUUGUGAAGCUGAAACAGGGCGCGGUCAAAGAGAGUGAAAAUAGGUGGGACCAUGAAUGGGAUCGUGUUGCGCAGAAGAUAUUCGGCCUGGCCUGA